CAAAAAACCGAUUCGGUUCUCCAUCUUUGCUCAUUCAUUCGGCGGUGGUGGCGGCAAGUUGAGUAUGUAAAACUGGAAAUUUUUCCUUUUUAAGUGAAAUUCCGUGAAAUUUUAAAACAAAUACCGAACUACCACUCAAAAUAUCCGUCCGACAUGAUCGAAAUAACGAAGCCUUUGCGGGAUAUCCUCGUGCCAAAGUCGUUCGAUUCGACCAACACGGUUUGGCGCCUCCAUAGCCGGAUCACCGUCUACAUGUUGGUCUUCUUCACAAUCCUGCUGUCGGCCCGGGCCUAUUUCGGUGAACCGAUCGAAUGCAUCAGCUCGGCCGCACCCACCGUGCGACCAAGCUUGCACAGCUUCUGCUGGACGCUCGGAACCUACAUCAGCCGGGAUCCGAAGUUCGUGGAUGCCAGCUGGGACAUCAUCGAAAUCGGGACGAAAAUGGGACACAUUCCGAAGGAGGAACGCUUCUACCAAAAGUAUUACCAGUGGGUCCCGUUUCUGUUGGCGAUUCAGGCUUUUUUAUUCUCAUUCCCCAAACACUUGUGGCGGUUUUGCGAGGGCGGUCGCCUACAGACGUUGUGCAACAAUCUGGAUUCAAUUUUGUCCCCGGAUUCGUGGAACCCAAGGCGCAAAGCCAAGACUCUUCUUUAUCUGACCCAAGAGAGCCGCAAGGGCCACAACCGAUAUGCGCUACUGUUCGUCGGCUGCGAGAUUCUCAACUUCCUGGUCGUCGUGCUGAAUAUGUGCUUGAUGAACUUCCUGUUCGGCGGAUUCUGGACCAGUUACCAACCGGCUAUCCAGGCGCUGCUCUCGCUGGACAUGAACGCUUGGACAUCGUACAACUCGCUGGUGUUCCCGAAGUUGGCCAAAUGCGAUUUCAGCUACAUUGGACCGAGUGGAACGAAACAGAACUUGGACGCCCUGUGCCUUCUACCGCAAAACAUCGUCAACGAGAAGAUUUUCGCUUUCCUGUGGCUCUGGUUUAUCCUGUUGGCCAUUGUGUCCGGAGCGCAGCUGUGCUAUCGGUUGCUCCAGCUUUGCUGCCAAAGCGUUCGAUUCCGGGUGCUGUUCAGCUUGUUGAACCCCAUCAGCUACCAUCGGUUGAAGCGCGUGGUCCGGGAGUCCAAUAUCGGGUAUUGGUUCCUGUUGUAUCAGAUGGCCCGGAACAUCAACAAGGGCGUGAUGAGGGAGAUUAUCCGGGAUCUGUCUCGGAUCGGCCAGGAGCUCAAUAUGUCCAAACAGAAUGUACACGAGCUGCAGAUGGAGGAGGAAUCUGAGGACGCCCAGGAUGGGCCAGAGGAUGACGAGGUAACGGUGUGAUUGAUGAGCACUUUUGUUUCUAAAGUGCUGAUUGCUGCGCAAUACACUUGUACUACUAUGAAGAGUUGAGUUUUUGAAAGGGUUUUCUUUUAUUUUGACUUCGCGCUCUUAUGCCAUUGUUAGAAGGCAUAUCUAAUUAUUGUACAUCACUGUGUUCGGAAUUGAAUAUUGCAAAUAUAAAAUGAAAGUAACACGAA